AUGACGGCGACGGGAGACCAAUCGGUUCCACGCGAAGAACGGGUCCUGCUCGCCGUCAGGGCCUAUCAGCAGGGCCAAUUCGGAAGUACCCGCAAGGCUGCGGCCGCAUACGACGUCCCUCAAUCGACAGUAUCUGAUCGACUGCGCGGUGUCAUUCGCCGACGCGACGCUCAGAUGAACAACCUGAAGUUGACGGCGACGGAAGAGACUGCCCUGGUACAAUGGAUCUUGUCGAUGGACGAGCGAGGGAUGCCGCCGACAGUGGCUUACACUCGUCGGAUGGCCAACUUAUUGCUUUCCGAGCGAGGCAAAGAUCCUGUCGGGGAGAACUGGGUGCGGAAGUUUGUUGGCCGCCACGGCGAAAUCAAGGCCAAGUACUCUCGCCGAUACGAUUACCAACGCGCCAAAUGCGAAGACCCCCAAAAGAUCCAAGGAUGGUACGAUCGAGUCGCGGCGACGAAACAGAAAUGGGGGAUUCUUGACGAGGAUGUCUAUAACUUUGAUGAGACGGGGUUUCAAAUGGGAGUCGCUUCAACGGCGAGACCUGGAAAUCGUGAAUGGGUUACCGUGAUCGAGUCUAUCAAUUGCCAAGGUUGGGCUUUACCGGCGAAGGUUAUCUUCCAGGGCAAGUUACACCAAGCAAGCUGGUACGAAUCAGGAGUGCCCGAUGACUGGCAUAUCGCCGUUAGUGAGAACGGCUGGACUUCCGACGACCUUGCUUUGAAUUGGUUAAAGGAAGUCUUUGAUCCGAAUACACGCCACGUCACGCCGGAAUUUGACAAGUACUGCACUUUCACCGUCGAAUAUCCGAAGCGGAUUUAUGGCAACAGGCCUCUUUCCGUUCGACCCGAACAGGAAUACUCCAAGCCCCAAGAAGAGCCUGGAAGCAGCCAAGACUCCGUAUAA